GGAGUCGCGGUGGGUGACUGUCGCCUGCAAAAAUGGACCCCAAACAGAGACCUUUGAACUUCACUGAAAGGCAUGAAAAGGCAGUAGAAAUGAACUUCUGCAAGAAAUUGCAUAUUAAGGCCCUAAAAAGGAUAGAGAAUCAAGUCAGAGACCAAAUGGUACAGAAUGAAAAUGACGCCCGCGUGGAGCGCAAGAGACUCCUCAGAUUGCUGCAGGACGAACAGUUUGAGUUGGAUAUGGAGGAGGCCAUUCAGAAGGCCGAAGAAAACAAAAAACUGCGGCAACUUCAGCUUGAACAAGAGGAAAAACUGGCUGCAGAACUGGCCAGACUAAAACAUGAAAGUCUGAAGGAUGAGAAGAUGAGGCAACAAGUGAGAGAAAACAGUAUCGAGCUCAGAGAGUUGGAGAAGAAGUUAAAAGCAGCUUACAUGAACAAAGAGAGGGCCGCUCAGAUUGCUGAGAAGGACGCCAUCAAAUUCGAGCAGAUGCAACGUGAUGCUGAAAUAGCCAAAACUAUGAUGGAGGAACACGAGAGGCUGAUGAAGGAGGAGACUGCUGCAGAGGCCAGACGGCAUAAAAGCAAAGCCCAGUACUCCCACGACCUAGAUAAGCAACUUGUAGAGCAAGAGCACAAGAAGCAGGAAGCUUACAAGCAGCUGCUGAAAGAGAAGCUCAUGAUUGACGAGAUCGUUCGGAAGAUCUAUGAAGAAGAUCAAAUGGAAAAACAGCAAAAGCUAGAGAAAAUGAAUGCAAGCCGAAAAUACAUAGAAGAAUUUCAGAAAGAGCAGGACUUAUGGAGAAAAAGGAAACAAGAGGAGAUGGAAGAAGAGAACAGGAAGAUCCUGGAGUUUGCCACCAUGCAGCAACAAAGGGAGGAAGACCGGCUGGUGAAAGUUCAAGAGAAUGCAGAGAAAAGGCUACAGCUUAAGAAUAUGCUGUCUCAGAAACUGGAAGAAAUGCUGCGGCAGCGUGAAGAUUUGGAACAAGUGCGACAAGAAUUAUACGAGGAAGAGCAAGCAGAACUCUACAAGAAGAAGCUAAGAGAAGAAGCAGAAGAGAAGUUGAGAAAGCGAAAGGAAUUGAAGCAGAAUUUUGUAGAACAAAUGGCUUUGAAGGAUCUGGUACUACAGGCCGCAAAAGAGGAAGAGGAGACCUUCAGAAAAGCUAUGCUAGCCAAGUUUGCUGAAGAUGACCGAAUAGAAUUAAUGAAUGCCCAGAAGCAAAGAAUGAAACGCUUAGAGCACAGAAGGGCUGUGGAGAAGCUGAUUGAAGACCGUCGUAACCAGUUCCUUGCAGAUAAACAACAAGAACUGGAAGAGUGGCAGGUGCAACAAAGGCAACAAGGAUGCAUUAACGCGGUUAUUGAGGAAGAGAGGCUGCGGCUUCUCAAGGAGCAUGCCACACGCCUGCUAGGCUACCUACCCAAGGGAGUAUUUAAAAAAGAGGAUGAUAUCGACAUGCUUGGUGAAGACUUCAGGAAAGCUUAUCAGAAAAGGAAUGAAAUCCCUCGAGAGAAGUGAUUCCAGGUUGGGAAUAACCGGAUUCUUCUGCAUGUCACCACUAGAUGUCAGUGUAGUGUGUUUUAUAGGUCAGCCCUGGGUGAUGCCAAACAUCUCUCUUUCAUCAUCUGUAAAUAGUUUUAUCUAUGAGAACACAUUUGAUAAAGUUAAGCAAACCAUGAAACAUUUAACUUUAAAAUUUGCUUUCAGUUACAUUGGGGCUUGUUUUUGUCCUGGGAAUCUGAACAUUUGAAUUCUAUCACCGACAUUAUUGCAGUAUGCCCCGUGUAAAAAUAAAUAUAGAGUCAAGCUAAGACACCGUGUUCUCUUUAUUACCCUAUUUCCCUGCCUAUUCCCCAUGGACUUUGUACUAUAGCUUUAUUUAUUUAUUAUUUUUUGCUUGCUUCUAGGGUUAUUGCUGGGGUGCUCCUGUGGCCUUUUUUUUUUUUUCUAUUUUACUUUAUUUUGUUUUUUGGAUGGAACAGAAAGAAAUUGAGAGAGGAGGGAGAGACAGAGAGAGAGACACCUGCAAACUUGCUUCACUGCUUGUGAAGCAACCCCCCAUAGGUGGGUUGCUCGAACCAGGAUCCUUGCACAGGGCUCUGUGCUUCACACUAUAAGCGCUUAACCUGGUGCACCGCCACCCAGCCCCCAGCUCCAUCGUUUAGUUCAGUGAUGCGGCCUAUGGAGCUAUACUGAGGCUGAAGGACCUUUUCCUGCCCUCAGGUAAGAAAGGUAGAGAGUAAGGAAUUUCAAGUGUUUUAUUUCCUACCUAAUGUGCUCAAUUGCCAACAAGAACUUUUAUUAAUUUUUCUCAGAUGAAUUGUUAAUCAUAUUCAAGAACAUUUCUAACAAGGCUAGAAUAACAGAAAGAUAGCAGAAACAAGUUUGAUUCUUGUUGCUUUAUUUUAUGAAAAUAUUUUCUUUUUCUAAUAUCUAAACAGGCAAUUCUUUUUGAAACUGUUUCAGGUAUCUCCGUUACUUAUAAAAGACUGAAAAUAAUACAAACCAGUAAAACUUGUAUGUGCAUGUGUUCACAUCACACACCGUCACAGUCACAGAGACUGAAUACACCACUUAGGAAUCUCCCCACUCGAGCGCCUUAAUAAAUUCCUCUUCAGUGAAAGACAGCAUCUUGGCAGCUUCGAUGUGCAUCUGUGUUUUUAGAAAAAUAUUGUUUUAAUUUAGUAUUUAGACCACAGAACAAGAAACUUGUGAAAGUGUGUUUAUACAUCAUCAUGUUAUGUGUGUGUGUGCUCUGAUUCUAAUAAACGCGGUAUCUGAAGUGGUGAUCACA